GAGCAACUCGCAGGAAAACAUGUAGACUGACCCAACAUCCUCCAGAACAACUGGUAGGGUUUUCCUUUUAAAUCGAUUUAUGCCAGGAGGUGACAAGUCAUGCUUGUAAUUACAAGCUCUUUCAGCUUAUUUGCAUUUGGCUCAGGGAGGGGGUAUACUGAGGGGUUGGACACAGGAGGAGCAUGUGGCUCACUCAGUAAGUAGCUGUUUGGAGUUGGAAGUUUUAAACUUGGAGGUUUUACACUGCUUACAUGGACCCUUCAGGAUGAAAAAGACUUACAGUCGAGGCCUUGUCUUUUGGUUACGGCUGAUGUGGACGUAAACGAGUCAAAGAGCACGCCUUGGGGUUCCCUGUUCGACGGUCUAAAGACAGAUUCUCCGGCAGCGCCCCCAUCUACCUGGCAGGUGACAGAACAUCAUCUCAAGGUAUCACGUUGUUUUUUAAUCUUCAUCUGCUAGAAAUGUUUGCCAAAAAAGUGGAUGCCAGACCACCAACAAUGAGGUGUUUUUUUCUGAGGAAUACGAGGAACAUUUUGAAAUGCAUGUUUUGCUUUUCGAUCGCAUAUUGCRUCGUUUACUACACAGCUCCAACUGUGCGUCUCCUCAUAGGAUUCCUGCCAAUGGACAAGUGUUAUUUAAAAAACGCAACAAUGCUGAUCCUUGAUAAUAGAGCAGAUGCCAGCCUGGAUCUUUGGUCUCGACAUGAUGUGCAAACAUGCACAACUUGGAGAGCUCCCAUCAUUUGGGAAGGAAUGUUUGAUCCUCAUCAUUACGACCAGAUGCACAGAGAACUAGGAUCCUCUGUUGCUUUGACUGUGUUCGCAGUGGGCAGGUACUUGGACGCCUACCUUUGGACCUUCCUGAAUUCAUCAGAGCAUCACUUCAUGUUGGGUCUUCCUGUGUCCUACUAUGUAUUCACGGACACUCCUGAGAAAGUACCAAAUGUCGAGCUCGGCCCACAACGAACUCUGAAAGUAAUCAAAGUGGAGAAACACAGCAGGUGGCAGGACAUCUCUAUGAUGCGAAUGAAGAUAAUCUCGGAGACCAUAGAGUCAGAUAUUCGCCACCAUUGCUCGCACGUCUUCUGUUUUGAUGUUGAUCAGAUAUUUACCUGGAGAUUUGGCCCAGAGGUUCUGGGAGAUUCUGUUGCUCUGCUUCAUGCUUACUAUUACCACCUUCCAAAGAAGAUGUUUACCUACGAUCGCAACCCCAAGUCCAAGGCGUACAUGGAAACUGGAGAUUUUUACUAUCAUGCUGCUGUCUUUGGAGGCACCUGGAAGAGUGUAAAAGCCUUGACGGACRCCUGCUACCAAAAYAUYAUGGAGGACAAACAAAAUAAUGUGGAGGCUCUGUGGCACGAUGAGAGUCAUCUAAACAAAUAUUUUUGGCUUCACAAACCAAGCAGGAUUCUUUCUCCAGAGUACUGUUGGGACAACAGGAUCGGAUACAGAGGUGACAUACAGGUCUUCAGGUUAAUGUGGGCACCAAAACAAUACAACACACUGCGCACAUUUUAGAGAAAAACGUCUGGACUUGGAAUGUUUUGGGAUCCCUCAGGACCUCGAAAAUACAGCUGAGGAGGACACCAAAGUGUUCCUCUUGAUCCUGUUUCUGUCAUGAACCAUGUGUUAUUUCGACGCAAAUCCCAAUGAUGAAAUGAUCAAAUAUAAUUGUUAAUACUCAAAGAACUUCUUACAUUCUUGCUUUGAAUGAACCCAGUGCUUUAUGUCUUUGCGGAAGUGGUAAUCCAGAGGAAAAUCUGAAUGUCCCCAGAUAAGUAAAUGUUUGCUUAAAUAUGUGGUUUGAAUUUUUUUUAAGUGGAUCCAACUUAGACAGUAAUGAGAAUAAUCGCUCCCUAUUUGGCAAAUCAUGGGGGAAAUUCAGAGUUUGUUCCAGAGUGAAUUUAAGUCAUCUAAAUUAAUCUAAAGCUAUACAAAUAUUAUAAGUUGCAUAAUUGAAUUUCUAUGGUGUUGUUUUUUAAAGUUAUUUUUGCAUCAGAUCAUUGUGUGGACUGGGUUGUGCUUCACAUGGAAAGCUCUGCCAGCUGCACAAGCAGUCGAACUCUGCCAUUAAAAUGGUUCCUCAUUUUGACACGGUAAACCAAAGUUUCAUCAGCAUCAGAGGCUAUCAUGAUGCUGUAAACUAAACCAAAAAACAUCAAGUUAUGAACAGUUACAGUUAAGUGUUUAGGUUUUCCCUCUCUUCUAGCUGUUCUUUUUGACUGACUAUGGAGCUGCAGAAAUUGUAGACUUUGAUAAAAUGACCUUUGAAUGUGAAUUUGUUUUGUGAAAUAAGUAAAUUCCUGUUAUAGUAAAGUCUUUAACCAUCAUUAUUGGGAUACUACUCUCACUUUUUAGUUUUAAAACAUUGACAUAAAAAGAUGUUCAUUCUCCGAUACAAUUAGCAUACAGGUGUGCUUUACCAGAGUUAAAUUUUAAUAUUAAACAAUGAUACAAUACUGCAGUUUACCACCACCAAUUUGUCAAUGUGUGUAUGAAUUGUUGAAUGACUGAUUGUAUCAUUGUAGUGUAAAGCACUGCAUAGACUCGAUAAAGUCCAUACUGUGCAAGCCAUUUCCCAUUUUAGUAUACUAAAUUAUAUAAAUUGAAUAAUUUUUAUGGCCUUUAUUUACCAGAGGAAAAUCCUUUUUUGUUUUGAAACAUUGUAUUACACUGAGGCAGCUAUUUAAUGGAGUGGAUUCUUUGUUAUACUGUAUAAUUAUUUUUUCUUAAAGCUUAUUUUUUUAUUGUUCUUACAUUACAGUUGAAAUGCAUCAACAGACUGUAAGUAAAUAAAUUAUUUAUGUCUUGUU